AUGCCUCUUUUUGCACAGCUGCUGCGCAACUUUGGCUCACCGAUGAGCGCAAUGACCGCCAACCGCUGUCCUACACCAUUCGCGUUUCCAUUCUCGCCGCUCGGCCUGAGCCUAUUCGACAUUGAUCCGUCCAGAAUACUGAACCUGCUGCACCACCAGACCUGGCUGGCCGAAGAGGCAUUGCGCACGCGCGGCCUGCUGACCGCACCCAAGGAUUUUCCUCAUCGUUUUACCACGCUAAGCGAUCUGCUUACCAAGGACUAUCAGCCAACUGGUGCCGGCUAUGCGGCUAAGCAGCCACAGUCUACAACCAACCGCUUUUUUGCCCAGUCGAAAAGCGUCAAAUCCGCAGGCGCUCCCUCCCCCCAGCAAAUGGCCAGCUCGUCGAACAUGGCAACGGAAUCACAGCUGGACAGCCAAGCGGCGGACAACGAUGAUGUGACCAUUGUGGAGCUGGGCAGCGAGCGCAGCGUGGUCACGCCCAACAGCAGUGCGCUGCUCUACAAGGAUGGCUUGCGGCAGUAUACGCAGCUGUUGCUGUCCGGCGCCGGCACGCCGGUUAGCUGCACGGACACGUCGAGCAGCUGCAAGGAGAAGAGCUCCUCGUCGUCUACCUCAUCGACGCCGCCGCCAAGCGGCGCUCUGCUCGCCCAGCAUCAGCAGCUGAGCCAAAUGCUGAAGAGUCCAUCGGACACGUGCUCCUCGCUGUUCAGCGAGCCCAUCGAGGAGGAGACACGCUGUGUCGUUUGCAAUGCCCACUUCCCGAAUGUCUGGCUGCUGGAGCAGCAUGCGGCAUUGCAGCAUCCGCACAUUGGGCCCGGCGAAGAGAAGCCCUUCAUAUGCGAGCAGUGCGGUCAGUCGUAUCGCUAUCGCAGCGCCUAUGCCAAGCACAAGGAGCAGAAUCAUCGCGCCCGCCUCCCAGCGGACAAGCUGUUCACCUGCGACGUGUGCGGCAUGCAGUUCCGCUAUCUCAAGAGCUUUAAGAAGCAUCGCCUCAAUCAUGCGCUCGAGCGACUCCACGGCAAGAAGAGCAUUGGCGCCGGUGUCGGUGUCGGUGUCGGCGUCGGCGUCGGCGUCGGCAUGGCAGCAGCACGCAUGAUUAGCGGCACAGCGUCAUCGGCAGCAACAUCCGCACAGGUGGAGCAGGAUGUGGUGACCAGCUCACAGGAGCCGAUGCUCGCCGACGAAGGCGAGGACCUGCGCAUCAACGUAAAGCGCGAGGGCGACGAGUCGGCCGCUGCCGGCCAGCAGGAGGCCGCCAGCGAGGAGCACGAACAGGACAACACAAUUGAUUCGGCGGGCAUCACAAUGCUCUACAAUGACAACAACUCAUCGGCUUCGGCCUCCACCAGCGCCACGGAGCCAAACAUCAGCAGCUCAGACGGCAUACAUAGUACAAACAAGCGGAUUCUCAAAAAUGCAAUGAGUCUGGCUGGUUUCCUUGCUGUGAGUUCACGCCUGUUGAACAGCGCACACCACUUGGAAACGGAUCCCUCCUAUCAUCAUCAGCAACACCAUCAUCAUCAACAACAACACCAUCAUCACCAACAGCAGCAGUCGCAGUCGCAGUCACAGCAGCUGCCUCCACACCUGGCGCACGUCUCACUGCCAAUGGCCAGCGCCGCCGCCGGGUCAUCCUCGGCCGCGGCAGCCGCUGCGGCUGCUGCAGCCGGUUGCAAUACGAGCCCCAGCGCUGGCACAGCUAGCACUGCCAACAGCGGCGUGGGCGGGAGCGGCAUCAGUUCGCUUAGUUCGCUGACAUCGCUGAUCAACGCGGAACGCAUACCCAAUGAGCAGUUCCUGGGCCUCAAUCCGCAGGAGGCUUCAAUACUCAAUUUCUUGCGAGUCGAUGCCGCCGAGCGACAGCGGGACAAGCGGCCCGCCACCUCGCGCUUCGCCUGCCCCUUUUGCGGCAAGUGCGUGCGCUCCAAGGAGAACCUCAAGCUGCACGUGCGCAAACACACCGGCGAGCGUCCGUUCGUCUGCCUGUUCUGCGGUCGCGCCUUUGGCGGCAAGUCGGACCUGACCCGCCAUCUGCGCAUCCACACCGGCGAGCGGCCGUAUCACUGCGAGUCUUGCGGCAAGUGCUUCGCCCGGGCGGAUUAUCUAUCCAAGCAUUUGACCACCCACAUACACAAUGCGCCGCGCUGAGAUGAGGCGCGUAGGAGGCGUCUCCUACGCAGAUAAGCCAACAAACACACACACACACACACACCCACACACACACAUACGUACACAUACACUACACAGACAACACACUCAAACACCCAAGAGGCAUACAUUACAGGAAACAUAUGCAAAUUUAUGUAUAGAUCUAUUAUUACCACCAUCAUUAUUAGAAU